AUGUCAAAGCCAAAAAUCACCUUCGUCACUGGGAACAAAAAGAAACUCGAGGAGGUCAAGCAGAUUCUUGAAAAUGGCGAAGAGCUACCAUUUGAGCUCACCAAUAGCAAAAUUGACCUUCCAGAACUUCAGGGGGAUCCUUUCGAUAUUGCCAGAGAGAAAUGUAUUUUAGCUGCAAAAGCAGUCAAUGGCGCCGUACUCACAGAGGACACAUCACUGUGUUUCAAUGCCUUGAACUCAAUGCCAGGAGUGUAUAUCAAGUGGUUCUUGGAGAAGUGUGGACACGAGGGACUAAACAAGAUGCUGGAUGGAUUCGACGAUCGAUCGGCUUAUGCGAUGACAAUUGUUGCCUAUGCAGAGGGGCCGGACAAAGAAGUCAUGUUGUUUGAUGGAAGAACCAGUGGACAAAUUGUCCGCCCUCGCGGGCCACUAGAUUUUGGAUGGGAUCCAAUUUUCGAACCAGACGAAGGUGCAGGAAAAACGUACGCCGAGAUGACAAAAGAGUCCAAAAAUUCAAUCAGUCACCGUGGCCGCUCUUUUGAAAAGGUCCGCCAGUUUUUGUCAGAGAAUGGACCAAAAUCUUAG